UAUCGCCAUAUCUAGAGCGCACCGAGAAAUGAAAGGUACGGCUGCACCAACGAUCCGUUCGAACACUCGGAACCACAAAUCCACUGUGCGAACGACAGAGCAAAAUGCAAGCGGAUGGGGAUCAAGUAGGCGCAGUCUUCGAAGAUGAUGCACCCAUGCAAGCGAAUUCAUUGUCAAGGACCCAGGCUGGUGAAACAAGCGAAAUUCCGCAGCAACUUGGUUUGCCUACGCAACCCGACAGCGAGUGGUUGCUACGAAAUCCCCAUCAAGGAGGGCCUCUGAGGAGUUCACUUCUUACUUCCUCAUCGGGAAAUCAAGAGCACAUUAACGAUGCUGUGAGGGGAAGCAAUCAGAACGCGCACGAACAGAGCGUGGGUGUCGUGUCAAAUGAACAUGGUGCUGCACCAGAACCGCUGCCUACUUUCGCCGACGCCUUUGAGUCUCCUUCCAGCCCAGCUUCUCAAGUAACGCAGCCGUCGUAUGAGGACAGCACCGAUCUUCCAACAGUUAACGCGGCUGCAGUGGCAGGUAUCCACCCGUUGGCGGCCCUGCAACGAGUUCGGCCGGUAUCCAACCUCCUCAUAAAUACACAUGGACAGUCGCAGGCUGCUGCGUCAGGAGCACGCGGGCUAGCUGGAGCAGAGCGUCUUUUCACUGCAGGCUCACCACAGCGAUUCUCACCUGUCGUGUUCAGUGAAAGUAGUGAAAUAACAUUUGCUGGGUUGAGAGCUCGCAUCUUACACGAUGUGCCCAGUCAGCGUUCCGCACUUCGUCAGCCUUCGACUGAUUCGCCUGCCGACACAGUUUCGAAUGGAACCUAUCAGGUGGCAGAGGACGAUGCUGGGGACGCCAGUGCAAACGCACGAACGUGUAUCGCAGGCCAGAGGUUGGAACGCUUGGUUGGCGCACAUACACGAAGGAUGACGCUUGGCCAGCAAAACGAAGCAAGCAUACGAGUGCGCGUGCUUCCAGACCUCGAAAUUUUGGAACAAGGGCCCUGCCGCAUUACGGUAAUGCUUGCCAAUGACGAAGCCGGUGUGCCGGAAGGAACACAUCAUCUUGCCGAAUGGGAAACGUUCACAAGGGCACUGCUGGCCGUUCACGUUUGUAUUCAUCGCUUGUGCCUGAGCAUCUCGGCAGUCUCCCGGUCACCCAGACACUUCUACCGGGGCUUCAGUUUGCGAGACGGAACCGCAGUCGUCGACGUUGAAGUUUCUGCAUUUCGCGACCCGUGCACAGACUUUGUGUUACCGUAUUUGCGUAAUCUGUGUCAAUUAAGAAUGGUUCAACGAGCUGAUAUACAAUUUCAAGACAUCUCUCUGCCAAAUUGUGACGUCCGAGGAGAGGCGGUGUUUCGUGAAUUGCUCCGUAUGGAUGCUCCUCUCGAAUUGGACGUUAACAGAAACCUGGCACGAAUUUUCGACGCUCUCAGGGACAUGCCCUUUCUGCGCCAGAUCUUAAUAUACCUCAGCAACACAGGCAGUGGCCCAUGCGAGCCUCGACAAAUCUCGCUGAACCUGACGCACCACUCUUGCACUGGAGUUCGGAGACUGAGGUACGAGGUCGACGCCACCUACGCCCACUUCCUGCAGUGCCAGUGCGCCAACGAGCGUGGCGUAAGCACAACGACAGGUGUUGAGACAAGCAUAAUACCGACACUCAGCGCCCUUCGCGAGCUGACAUGUUCGACAGGUGACUUGGUGCCGUACACCGUUAGUGUUACGCACCCUGCAAUGCAUGGUACUUAUGAUAUUCACGUGCUUUCAAUAGUUUGCAUGCGUGACGAAGAUUAGCGUCAGUAGAUUUGAGAAUCACAAGAGGGUUUAGACGAGUUGCAAAAUAUUUUGGAAGGUAACCGGCAAUUUCUGACAAACGUAAAGGACGCUGAUCUCGUCGUUGUAUGACACUAACAGCUGAUCUAAGAAUGGGCCUGAGAGCAGAUACGUCAGCAACGUAAUGUUUGUUGCAAGUGGGCAUCUUUUAUGCACUGACAAACCUACGUUUCUCUUGCGUUAGAGGCAUGCGAAAAUCUAGGGACACUAUCCACAUUUUAAAACACAUUUUUGUUUGUGACAGGGCUAACAGUGCUAUCGAAAUCAGUCCAGCCGCUUACUUGAAGCAAAGGCGUGCCUAGCGUAACAGAGAGUAAUCAUUCGAUUGCAGAUGAAAACACUCGUGAAUAUAUGCCAUGCGCUUAUGUGUAAUUGUCCCCGCAAGGGUGUCGGCUUGAGCAGGCGUUUG